AUCUACAAAAUGCCAUCGGCGUCGUAUCAAGUGACACAAAAGCCUAAUACACCUCAAAACAAUGAUCAAUCUUAUAGAAAUUGUGUUAUUACUAUGAUUUUAUUCGUUAUGAUGUGUGUUAUUAUUAUUCUCGCAACUUGGCCUUGGAAAGGCUCAAACAUCGACUAUAACGCAGAAGAACAAUCUAUUGAACAAUUCCAUACUGACAAUGAGUCCAAAUUUGAAAGAUUAGAAGAAAUAUCAACUUCUACGAGUCCAUCCAAAGAAGAAAACAAAACUGAAAAAACAUCUAUAUCAGAAUUAUCAGAAACCAGUUCUUGGGUUGAUGUUGAAUCUUCAUCAGUAUCCAAUGAUAAUAUUGGAUUUUCGUCAUCUCCAAUAGAAUUUAGUUCUUCAUCUCUUGAUAUUGAAACUACAACAGCUUCUAAUGAUAAUACUAUUGGAAUUUCAUCGUCUUCAUUAGAAACAUUAGAAACUAGUUCGCUGUCUAUUGAUAAUAUUGAAAGUUCAUCAGUUUCUAAUAACAUUUUUUUAGGAUUUUCACCUUCUUCAGAAGACUUAUCAACAACCAGUGAAGAAUACACCUCAGACAUUACAGAAACUUCUAUUAGUGAAGAUGAAAAAUCAACUUUAGGCACAAGUUACUCUCCCGAAGAUUCUUCAAUUAAUAUCAGUGAAGCUCCAAUUUUAUCGAGUACAGAAAAUAAUCUAGAUGAAGAUACUACUGUAUCACCAUCAACAUCAGGAGGAUACAGUCUUACUCACCUUACUAUCGCGUAUUUCAAGACUGACUAUACGAGUGAUAUGCUGGAUACAAAUUUUACCACAAAUUCGGCAGAAAAUGAAGAAACAAAAUCAACUACGACAGGUGAUUCAUCAGAAACAUAUGGAUUUACCAAUGAAAUUACUGAAUUGGAAUUUUCAUCGCUUACUUCAAAUAAUCCAACAGCUAAUACAACGCAAAACAGUAUUAUGAAUGACGAAAAUCAAUUAGAUUUGAAAACUACCACAUCUAAAUCAAAAGAAGAAGAACAAGUAUGUAUGUCAGGGCAAUGCAAACAAUUAUCAAGUAAAAUUUUAUCUUAUAUUAAUCAUUCGGCGAAUCCUUGCGAUGAUUUUUACGAAUAUGCUUGCGGUGGCAUGGAAUCUGAUCCCGAAAUUAAUAAUGUUGAUUUAUCUAUGCAAUUAAUGCAUCAUCCAGAGCACUUUACUUUUAUAAAAUAUGUCAAUAGUUGCCUAGGAUAUGAUGAAUAUUUGAAUAAAAGUCAAAGAAUUAUUCAAGCUAAAGAAACUUUGAAGAACAUCGGGACAUUUUAUACUGCAUCAGAUUGGCCAAAGAAUUUUCAAUUGACCCAAUUAAUUUCCAAUAUGAUUCUUUAUGACAACCCGAUACUUUUUGACAUCGUACCUGAUGUAAAUGAAAUGAAUCCUCAAACAUUUAUUCUAAGUCUUCAACCACCGGAUAAUUUAUCAAAAUAUUUCGAUCAAGCGCCUUGUAUUAAAGAUCUUGAUGACUUAUCUGGUGAAAUAGAUCUAGAAAAACUUUAUAACAAUUAUAAAUCUUGCAAAAACAAUACAAGAGAGUUAGGUUGUUCUGUUACUAGAGCGCUAAAAGAAUUCGGUAUUUUUGAAGAAUUCAACAAUUCAGAUAAUGUAACUGAAUAUAUCAAUGAAAUAUCGAUUGAUGUACAUCAUGAAAUAAUCAAAGCUUUGAUAUCGUAUUAUCCGCCGGAGAGUGAAAUUAAUGCGUCUUAUAAAUCUAAAGAUUAUAAUAUCAUAACUCUCAGUGAUUUGGAAGAUCACUCGAAUUUAUUAAAUUGGACUCAAUUGAUUUUAACUACCACUGGAAUGACUUUAAAAUCUGACGACAAAAUACAAAUAUAUUUUAAAGAUAAUCUAUUUCGUAUUUUAAAUACUUUAGAACAAUUUAGUACAAUGCAUUUGCGAGAAUUAAAUAACGCAAUUCUUGGACUAUACGCUAGAAAUUUAUACAAUGAAUUAGUAGAAAUGAAAUCAUCAAAAGACUCAGAGGAAAACUGUUUUAUUAAUGCUAUGAAAUAUUUACCAAAAGAAACUUCAUCUUUAUACAUUUCUUCAUUCUCAAUAAAUGAACUUGAUCAUAUAAAUUCGGUGAUUCAAAAAGUAUUUACUGAAUUAAAAGUCACGUUGAAAAUAAAUUUUGAGCAUUCAGAAUGGGCUGCGGUGGAAGGUCGUAAUCAAUUGAUUGAAAAAUUAGAAGGAUUAAAAUUAUCUAUUCCAGAUAUUGCUUACUUAAACAGUAGUUUAAAAUUACAUUUGACGGAUGAUUAUUUUAACAACACAAUAGACUUAAUAAAAAAUUAUAGACGUGAAAUGUACAAUAUUUUACAGCUCAAUCCAAAUAAUUCAGAACAAAUCUGGACAUAUUUUGCAAAAUCUUAUCAAUCAACGCCUAAAACAUUGUAUAGUUUAAAUCUAAUUCUCAUACCUUUAGGUGCAAUUAACUGGCCAUUAAUACAAAAAUAUGAUCAAUCGUUUGACUAUUUAAUUUUAUCAAACGUUGGAAAUCUCAUAGCUCGUGAAAUAGCUGAUUGCUUCGACCCAAAUGGAAUAAAAUACUGGAAUGGAACACGUGAUUCUCCAUUCGCCCUUAUCGAUGAUGUCUUUACAAAGACAAAUUACGAUGACUAUGUUAAUUGUCAAAAUCAAUCGCUUUUUCAAGAGCCGAUACAUAUGAUACUUUCAUCUCACAAUCAACACAUUCGUUUUAUGAUGCCUCAAUUGACUCUAAAUUCUCGACUAUCUGACGCUAUGGGCGUUAAACUUGCCCACGAUACUUUGGCUAGAGUUGGAUCGACUUCUGCGAAGCUAUUACCCUGGUUAAACUUAAAUGUCGACCAGCUUUUUUAUCUCACUUACGCUCAGUCAUACUGUACAAAGAUAUCAAUGCCGAACUUUUUAAUUUCUUUGUAUGAAAAUACGAUUCUACCAAGUCGCGUGCAAAUUUAUGCUACUGCAACAAACAAUAAAGCGUUUGGCGAGUUAUGGAAUUGUCCGGAAGGUUCACAAUUACUUCCAAACUUUUCAUGUCGUGUUUUUCCAAAUCUCGAGUACCAAAGCGUAGUGAUUGAAACUGCAUAA